ACCGCUCAUUUUCCUUGGACAAGUGCUAUUGUAGCUGGAUUUGCUGACAAAUUCUGCUGUGACCCUUUUAACAGAGCUAUCUUUGUAUUUUAGAGUAUUCUUAUUUAUAUUGGUUAUACGUGGAAAAAGGAGAAAAACUGACUUCUUCAUCUGAAUUGUUGGACACACUUCCUACACAGUGAAGAAUGGAGACUUUAGCACAACUGGAAGCAAUGUGUGAAAGGCUUUAUAACUCGCAGGACUCUGUUGAGAGAGCACAUGCGGAAAGCACCCUGAAGUGUUUUUCCUUAAACACUGACUACAUUUCUCAGUGCCAAUAUGUUCUGGAUAAUGCAUCCUCUCCUUAUGCAUUGAUGUUGGCAAGUUCGAGCUUGUUGAAGCAAGUGACAGAGCGAAGCCUUCCUUUACAGCUCCGGAUUGAUAUUCGAAACUAUCUCAUAAACUAUCUGGCCAGCAAAGGACCUGAACUGGAGCCCUUUGUGCUUGGAUCCUUGAUCCAACUAUUUUGUCGCAUUACAAAGUUUGGUUGGCUUGAUGAUGACAAAUUCAGGGAUGUUGUUAAAGAGGCAAUGAACUUCUUGAGUCAGGUGACACGUUAUGUUUGUUAUUUGUACAUCUCAUUGCUAUUUCAUUUUAGUUCAUUGGUUAGGAGUCCCACAUUGAGUGGAAUAAAAAGUUCAAUGUGGUACUUAAGUCAUGAGGCCCUCCUUCUCGAGGAUUAGUGUUUUGGGUUGGGC